CAAAAGCUGCCUUUAGGAGGCCCUUGGGGAGACAGACAAGCUGGGGGACCAGAGAGCAGCUGUUGAACCCCAACAGACUGAAAUAACCCCUGGUUUAUGAACUGGAAGAUGCAAGCUCAAGACUGGCUCUGCUACUUCCAGCUGUGGGGACCUGGGUGGGUGCCUCUCUGAGUCUUAGCUCUCCCCUCUGUGCAAAGGGGACCAUGGUCAUCUCUGGUUCAGCAAAGGACUGUGUGUGAGGACAAGAUGGCAUAAUGGUUGUAAAACAAUUUUGCCAGCUGCAUCUUUAAUCCAGGUUUGCCCAGGCCUCUUGGCCCCCAGGCCCUCAGUGGGUAGCCCAGGCAUAGACCCACUCAUCCACGUGAGGAAGCCAGGACACCACCAGCAUGAACUGGGCAUCCCUGCAGGCCACCCUGAGCGGGGUCAACAAGUACUCCACAAGGCUGAGCCGGAUCUGGCUGUCCGUGGUGUUCAUCUUCCGAGUGCUGGUGUACGUGGUGGCCGCCGAGGAUGUGUGGGACGAUGAGCAGAAGGACUUCAUCUGCAACACCAAGCAGCCUGGCUGCACCAACGUCUGCUACGACCACUUCUUCCCUGUGUCCCACGUGCGCCUGUGGGCCCUGCAGCUCAUCCUGGUCACCUGCCCCUCACUGCUGGUGGUCAUGCACGUGGCCUACCGCCAGGAACGUGAGCGGAAGCACCGCCUGAAGCACGGGCCCAAUGCCAGGUCCUUGUACAAUGACCCAGAAAAGAAGCGGGGUGGACUGUGGUGGACAUACUUGCUGAGUCUCAUCUUCAAGGCCUCCGUGGACUCUGGCUUCCUCUUCAUCUUCCACCGCCUUUACCAGAAUUAUGACAUGCCCCAUGUGGUGGCCUGUACCCAGUCGCCUUGCCCCCACACGGUGGACUGCUUCAUCUCCCGGCCUACAGAGAAGAAAGUCUUCACCUACUUCAUGGUGGCCACCUCAGUCAUCUGCAUCCUGCUCAACCUCUGUGAGGUCAGCUACCUGGUGGGCAAACGGUGCCUAAGGACCCUGGGCCCCAGGCGCCGGAGGUCUCGGCGCCAGAAUCACCUUCCUGACACCUGCCCACCAUAUAUCCUCUCCCAGGGAGAGCACACCCAAGAUGGGAACUCGGUCCUUAUGAAGGCUGGGUCAGUUGCGAUGAACACAGGUGGCUAUGCGUGACCUGCAAGGCCAGCAUCUGGGAGUGCCAGGUCCUCCCUGUCCCCAUUGCAAGGGCAGUGGCACCUUUCCUUGUAGCAAGACAAGUGGGAGGGUUGUGGAGCUCAGCAAGCCCACCCAGGACCAGUGCUGGGAACUUUCAUUCUCAGUCCUGAAUCUGGGGAGAGGGAUGGGUGAUUAAUGGUUGGUGGGGGUUUUAUAUGGCAACAGGAUAUGUCAAAACCCUUAAUAAAUAUGAUUUUCCCAGUA